AUGGCCAAGAUCCAGGUCCAGGUCCAGGUCAUGGUCAUGGUCAUGGUCAUGGUCAUGGUCAUGGUCAUGGUCAAGGGCCUGAUCCAUGAUCGGGGGUCUCUCGGCCCUAGUCUAGCCCAGAAGGGAAAGGCAGAAGAAAAGAAAAGCGGGGCCCAGGACCUAGAGGGGCAUGUUGAUUGGCCCCGUCGUAAUAGCAGUCGCGGUAGUAGUGGUAGUAGUAGUAGUAGUAGUAUUAGUAGCAGAUGGGCGGGCAUGCAUCGCUGGGAAUGGAUCAUGGACGGCGGCGAUGAUGAUGUUACAUGUUCGACUACGGUACUAUUACCGACUCUCCUCUACGACUACGUGGAGUGGAGUGGAGUGGGGAUGGGCAUGGGCAUGGGCAUGGGCAUGGGCGGCGGAGAGAAGGAAGCUCGAUCUGGAGGGAAGAUGGAGAUGGGGAUAGAGCACCGGUGCAACUACUACUAA